AUGAAGUUCGGCCGCAAUUUGCCCCAGUUCACCGUCCCUGAGUGGAGUGCCUCAUACAUCAAGUACAAGGCCCUGAAAAAGCUCAUCAAGUCGGCAGCCGAGCAAUUGAAGGCGGGUCAAGAGGCGGAUCUGGCCGGAUGCCCGGUGUGUGUUGGUCGGUUCUCGUGGAUAGGUUUCUUCUACUCUCUUGAUCGAAAUGUCGAAGAUGUCGACUACUUCUACAACAAGAAAUACUCCGAGUACGCGCGUCGCCUGAAGCUACUGGAGGAUCGCUAUGGAUAUUCCAUGGAAGGCCACCAUCCGCUGGAGCCCGAGGACCGGCACGACCUGCGCGAGGCCCUCCUCGAUCUGCGCUACCACCUGCGUCGCUUACAAUGGUACGGCGAGGUUAAUCGUCGUGGCUUUGUCAAGAUCACCAAGAAGCUUGACAAGAAGGUGGGCGCCCGGGCUCAAAAGCGUUACCUGGAGACCAAGGUGGACCCGGCCCCAUUCGCAUCCAAUGCUCGUGCCAUCAAAGCUCAGGAUCGGAUCAAUGCAUGGAUGGCUGUCAUUACCGAACAGUCCAAGGCAGACGAUAAGCUCGUGGAUGAUGCCAGCUCAACCCACUCUUCGCUGUCGCUGAAGCGUGGUUCAGCUCGUCCGUACCUGAACCUGCCCACCAGCGUGGUGACGGCGGUCGACGAUGCCCUCAGAACGGACGACACUCAUGUUCUACUUGAACUCCUCGAGACGUUGAAGAUAGCUGCGGAUGAAGCGGGUGAUGGGAUCUAUGCCAAGGUCAUUAAGACCCUUAUUCAGCGAUCCACUCUUCACCGCGCACGAGCCUGUCUGACGGUGCUGCUAAGUCGCGUGGAUACGCUGGAGGAAGAUGAUGAUAUUAACCGGCGCAACUGCCUGCACCGUCUGGUCAUUUCCAUUGGCCGUGUCCAGUCGACCAGCGAUUCCGAAGCUGCAGCCUCCAUGCCACCGCGCUCCGUGAUCAAGGAGGCGCAAAUGCCUCAGCAACUUGGCCGGGAAGACCCAGCGGUUGCUUUCUUGCAUCAUUUACUCGAUGAGUUGCUCCCGCACCAACGAGAGUCCGUCAUGAGCAAGGACCUCUCUGGCCGCACACCGCUGCAUUAUGCCGCUCAAUACGGUUUUAAGGUGGUCUGUGAGGUCAUUAUUGAGCACCUGAAGGCCUGGGACAUGUUUGAUGUCAGCGAAGGUAUCGAUGGCUCUUUAUGGCAGGACAAUGACGGUUGGGCCCCCCUGCAUCUGAGCGUGGUCGGUGGUCACCCAAAGACCACCCGGUAUCUCCUUGAUGCCGAGAACUGGAAGGCUUCGCACGGCAAAGGAGAGCGAGUCCGCAAGCAGGUUUCCAAAUCCAGUGCAGUUCUCGCUCUCGCCACCAAGGCGAAUUUUGUAGAUAUUGUUCAGUUGUUGGUUGAAGCUGGUGUUGAUAUCAACUAUCAAGACGAGCAGGGAGAAACUGCCUUGCACGUUGCGGCCCGCUUUGGCCAUGACGAAUGUGCUCGCAUCCUUCUGGAUGGAACUGAAGACCAGAAGGCAAACCCUGAUCUGGCCGAACACACCUAUGCCUGGACACCCCUGUUCAUUGCAUGUGUUGAUGGCUCUCUGAGCGUGGCUAGGCUACUAGUUGCCGCUGGCGCAGAUGUUGACCGCUUCGAUUCUUCUGGCUGGACUGCAAAGGAACAUGCUGCUCUACGAGGCCACCUUGCUAUUGCGCGGUGUCUUGCUGAAGUCAGUCCCGGCCCUCCCGCCACUGAACCAGAGCUGGUAGUUCCUGGCCCUUCUCAAAGCCCGACGCUGUCUGAUUCCCCAUCAUCCCAGUCAUCCCUGACAGAUCGGCGGUCAAAUAUCCCCGGACCUACCUCUGGGAGUCCUGGGUUACGCAACACUGAACCUAUUAAGACUUUUGGACACCGGUAUCUCACCGAUGAGACCAUGAUUUUGGUUAGCUUGGGAACAAUGGAUAUGCGCAAACCUCUUGAGACCGUCAACCUCGACCGCAUUCCCAUGGAAAACGCUCACGCGACCCAGUUAGAUACAGCUUUGUCUCUGGUAGUCACUGCCAGUGGUGCCCACGGGGAGCCAGAAGUCAUUGAUCUACCGGUUCAGGAUAAUAUCUCGACUGAGCCGAUUGUCUUCCACAGCAAUGAUGCAAGCAAGGUCCGUCUGCUCUUUGAUCUUGUGCCCACUUACUCGGGGUCCAAGGAGCAGAUUGUCGGGCGAGGCGUGGCCCUUCUCUCCAGUAUCAAACCCACCGUCGGCUCCCAGAGAAUCAAUCUCAAGGGUGAUUCUACUGUGCCCAUUGUUGCGGCUAAUACUUUGGAAGUAAUUGGCUCUGUGACUUUCAACUUUUUGGUCAUUACCCCUUUUAAACACCCAAACAUGUCGAUCACUGGUAACCAGACCUACUGGCGAUCCAUGAGCUCAACAAUGGUAAUUGGACACCGUGGUCUGGGCAAGAACAUGGCCAGCCGUAAGUCCCUGCAGCUCGGUGAAAACACUGUUCAAUCGUUCAUUGCAGCGGCAAACCUGGGAGCUUCUUAUGUUGAGUUUGAUGUCCAGCUUACCAAGGAUCAUGUGCCGGUAAUUUACCAUGACUUCUUGGUCAGUGAAACGGGCAUUGAUGCGCCCGUGCACACCCUGACGCUCGAUCAAUUCUUGGAAUUGGGGAAAGGUCGACACCGGAGCGUUCUGCCUGAAGGCGUGGAUGUCACCGGCGAUUUGGGCCCGCGGCAACGAUCCAUGUCCGUUGGUGGCUCUGAGUAUAACCCGGCCGAGCUGACGGAAAAAAUCAAGCAUACCCGCGACUUUAAGAAGAAGGGUUUCAAGGGAAACACCCGUGGCGAGCAUAUUCAAGCUCCCUUCGCCACUCUCGAAGAGCUCUUCAAGAAAAUCCCUACCCCUGUCGGCUUUAAUAUUGAACUGAAGUACCCCAUGCUCCACGAGAGCGAAGAAGAAGAGAUGGAUACCUAUGCUGUAGAAUUAAACUCUUUCGUCGACACGGUCCUCACUAAGGUCUAUGAUCUUGGCCGCGGCCGUGAUGUGCUCUUCUCCAGCUUCAACCCGGAUAUCUGCCUCCUGCUGUCCUUCAAGCAGCCUUCCAUCCCCGUCCUUUUCUUGACUGACGCCGGCGCAUCACCCGUGGGUGACAUCCGCGCCAGUAGUCUGCAGGAGGCUAUCCGGUUUGCCUCGCGAUGGAACCUUCUUGGCAUUGUCACCCAGGCCGAGCCGCUGGUCCUCUGCCCGCGACUUGUUCGCAUCGUGAAGGAAUCCGGUCUCGUCUGCGUGUCCUAUGGUGCUCUGAAUAACGACAGCCCUAACGUUGACUACCAAGUCGCUGAGGGCAUUGAUGCCGUCAUCGUCGACUCCGUCCUGGGCAUCACCAAUGGCCUGAUCCAGCGCUCAGGUAGAUCCGUUGGUGAGCGCACACCGGGCCCUUCGCCCAAUCCGAUCCCGGCCGACGCCAAGGGUGCCAUCCGGGUGCCACUCCUCGAGCAGGCGAAGAGCAAGAACCCUAACCCGACUCUGGAUCCGACUGCUAUUCUGUGA